AUAAGAACAAAGUUUGUUAGUCAAUGCAAUAAUUAUAUUAUUCCAGAAAACUCAGUUGAAAAAUUAGAUUGGUUGUGAUAUUUUUAAAAUAACUAACUCUCGCCGAAACGUGGAAUUAAAGCAAUAGCUAACAGGUGAAUCAUGCAAGAAGCCUAUCCUGUGAUAGCUAAAGUGCCAACGCACAUUCUAACAUGGGGAAAGUGGAUCGAGGAAUCUUUGGGCGAUCACAAGGAGGUGGUCAUCUGCAUCACGGGUAAUCCGGGUCUACCAGGUUUCUACACUAAAUUUUUUUCGACCGUUUAUGAAUGCCUCAACAAAGAGAUGCCGGUUUGGGUUAUCGGUCAUGCAGGACAUGACGAAGCGGAAGAGAGCUCGUACAAAAAACCAUUGCCGCCUUUGAAAAACAAUGAGCAAUUGUAUCAUUUGGAAGGACAGUUGCAACAUAAGGUGCAAUUUAUUCGUAAAUAUGUUCCCGAAAAUGUUAAAAUUCAUCUAAUUGGCCAUUCCAUCGGAUGUUACUUAGCACUGGAAUUGUUGAAAAUCCCAGAUAUAAGCGCUCGAAUUCAACAUUGUUAUUUUCUAUUUCCGACCAUCGAACGAAUGGUUGAGUCAAAGAACGGAUUUAUCCUUACUAAAGUGGUGAAUCCAGUGUAUUUUUUCGUUCAAUGGUUCUAUCGUUGCUUCGCUUUGCUACCGAACUUCAUUAAGGUCUGGAUCAUAUACGCAUACUUUUUGGUAUCAGGCAUUCCAAAGUAUUACCUGGGAACAGCGCUGAAAUACACCCAUCCUCCGGUAAUAGAUAAAAUUUGGCACAUGGCCUUGGAUGAAAUGGAAAAAGUGCGCGAACUAGACAUAGACACGGUUCGUAAUAAUAAACACCGUAUAAGGCUAUAUUACGGCGCCACGGAUGGUUGGGUUCCGGUCAAGUACUACCACGAACUAAAGGAAAAGAUUCCAGAUAUCGAUGCCGAAAUUUGCACCAGAAAGUUUGAGCAUGCUUUCGUGUUGCACUCGGCUGCGAAGAUGGGUUUUAUGGUUGGUGAAUGGAUUUUAAAGCAUAAAGUGAUUUAGUUUAAUAUGCCCCUUUUUCACAAAUUCUUCAGAGAUAAUUUUGUGGUAGGUAUUUAAAAUAAACCAAAAAUUAUUGUUUCCGUUCUUGAAAAGGCAUUGGUAGGUUUCUUCAUUAUUUUAGGAUCUAAAAUUUCGAAGAACAAACUAUAAUAACAUUUAUAAGACAAAACAUCAGUAAACCGAGCUAACAUGAAAGAUUAAAUUAAACAUUCCAAAUACUCAACCGGGCAGAUGGAACACUUCAAUUCAAUACAACUAAUUCGGAUGACAAUAAAACCAAUGUAGUAAUAAUAUUGUUAAUAUAUUGUUCAAGUCAUCAUA